AUGCUGAACCUUGAUGGGCUUUCCACUCCACCACGACAACCCCUCUUUAAAUCUGAAGAUUUUUUGGAUGGAGGGACACAUGGAGCUGAACGCACAACUGCGAAUAACGCAACACAAGACACACUCAGACCGACAACAAGCCAUGCUAUUAUCCCACCCACCGCCGCAUGUCUCACAAGCGCCAAAGCCGCCGCAGACGCUGAACGACUCUGUGACGACGACAACGCCGUGUUUCUGCUCAUGGAUUCGAGAGAGAGUUGA